UUUCCCGCUGACCGAGAGCACGAGCUGGAGCUGGAGCUGAAGCUGAAGCCCAGAAGCGAAGAGGAAGAACCAGAACCAGAAGCGGGAACAGGAGCAGGAGGAGAAAGUAAAGAAAGCAGGAGCAGGGGAGUGGAGACAGUGAGAGAGAGAGAGAGUGAGAGCGUAGAGCGUAGAGGACCCAGCAGCCAGUUCGCCGAGCAGUGAAAUUCGAGGCGGGGCGCGAAGGAAGUGGGUGUACGAGUGCGAGUACGACUGCGACUACGACUACGACUACCAUAAAGUGGAAAUCCGAAACGCCUUGAGGAGAGGCAGCGACGUCGGCCGAGGCAGCGACUGCGACGCCGGCAGCGGCAGAGGGACACGCGUCAGGCGGCCAAGCAAAAGGCAGACAAACAGGCAAAUCCUGCUGAGACGACACGACGAGUCCUUGCUCGUCGGUUCAAACGUGCGGAACACUCUUGGAGGCAGCCGAAAAAAAGAAUAUACCACUAGAAGCAAAGCUAGUCCACAAAACACCACUCACACUCACCCAAAACAAGGGAAAGUUUUCAUCACAAAAUAAUAAUAACGCAAAAAGAAAGCUAAACAAAGCAUUAUUAUUCCCAAGAAACCCAAAACAAUAUUUUCGAAAAAAUAUCCCAAGAUAUAUUCAUCCAUUCAAGUGCAGUGACUCGUGUGCAAAAGUUAUCCAACCACAAUCCCCAAAAAAAAAAAAACUAAGUGCCGCAAGCUGAGAGAGCUAAACACGAAAUAAGUGCUAAAAGUUCCUUAAAAAAUAUUAAUAACAAAAAACAAAAUAUUUGUUCAACUGCUUAUAAAAAUAUACAAAUUAUACAACAUAAAUAUUCUUUGCAUUUUAACAAAAAAGUAUAAGAGAGCAGCUCAAACAAACGAAAGAGGAAAACCAAAGUGCCGUGGAAAAACUAACUAAUAAGCUUACUAAAAAAUAUAUAAACGAACGACUGGCCAGUGUGGAAAAGCUAUAUUAAAGGCCUACCAACGUAAAAAAGUUAAAUCAAAACCCGAAAGAACUGGAACUGCUAACCGAAAAGCCGACGGAAGACAGCAACUAGUUGUUGUCAGAGGCCAACAACCAGGUUCAAACGGCCAUAUACCUAUACCCAUAUAAGAACCCAUACCUAUACCUACGCUCCGACUUCACCUACCCAAGCGGAACCCAAACUCCCUGGCCAGAGUAGACAAUUGAUUAUUGAUUUUGUCUAAGGCUGCAGAACUUCACAGCUUAACGCAAAACAAACUUGGCAGCAGGGCAACAAAGGGCGACGAAAGACGGGGGCAAAAAAAAAACACCAGUGACAAGAAAGGGCCGUUGAAAGGCAGCCAGAAAAACCGGAAAAAGUGGGAAAAAGCUCGGAAAACUGCUCCGGUAUCGGCCAGUGUUGUGCAAUGCCAGGCUUAGGCCGGCACAGUGUUGGUCAGCGGUGUGGGGCCUAAAGGCCCAGGCCGAAAAGCAUCGAAAUCCCAUAUAGAGAAACAAUCUUAAAGUCGGGACUUUCCCCCACCACCACCACCACCACCACCAGCCCCUAAGACACCACCUGCCACCAGACUAUCACCACCCACCCCGCGAAUAGAUUUCUUUCCUACCCCCCCCCUGGUAUACCCACCCAGAACCGUCAAGAUAAGCCGUCUAAUCGAGAAGCUGCGCCAGACCAACAAACGGAAAAUGUUCUGCUCGCUGGCCCAGACGCUCUUCUGCGUCCUGCUCAUCCAGGGCGGCCUCUAUGCCCUCCACCUGAGCGGAAACGGAAACGGCAAUGGCAACGAGAAGUCCCUGGGCGAGGCGGCCAAGGCGGGCCAGGUGCCCAGCCAGCCGCUGGGACCCUCGACGGGAGUGUCCGCCGCCUGGCAGACGGCUCCCUCGCAGCAGCAGCAGCACCAGCAGCAUCCCGGAGGAUCUCCGCCGGGCGGUGGUUCCCUAUCCGCAUCCUCGUCCCAUGGCCACCGGUCUGCCGCGGCGGCCGCCUUCGAUGCCACCACCGUGCGGCUGAACAAGGAGAUAGCGGACAUGGCCCAGCUGGAGCGGGAGCGUCUGAUGCUCCUGGCCCGCGCCAAGCAGACGGCGGAGCAACAAGCCCCGCCGCCGGCGGGCAGCCAUCAUCGCGGCCAUCCCUUCAUCGCCGGCCGGAUACAGAUGCAGCCCAGCGAGGAGCUGGACGUGGGCGACUAUCCCGCCCUGCUGCAGCAGGCCGCCAGGGGCUACAUCUUUGGCAAUGUCCAGAAGCAGCCGCCCACUCCGAUCAGCCUGGAGCAGGAUUACGACCAGCUGCGGGAUGUGGACAACAGGCCGGUGAAAUACUACGGCCGAGUGGUGCAGCCGGCGGAGAGGGAAGAGCCGGCGGAGGCGAUGUACGAACCGUUGCACUCCUUCGGCGACUUCGACGACUUCUCGGAGCUGGAGCCGGAACAGGAGCCGCACUUGGGCGAGGAUGAGCUGCUGCGGGAACUGGAUGCCUACCAGUAUCACGGCCUGGAGGAGGAGCCACUCCCAGAGAAUCCCUACCGCACGCUGGAGCAGCUGGAGCUGGCCGCUCCCGACUCCCUGCAACAGCUCUUUGAGCAGGAGCAAGAGCAGCGGGAUGCCCCCUACAAGGGGACGCACUCCGCCGGCAAGAUGCACAACCCGGGUAACUACAACAUAAGGGUGCAGCAAAAGUGGGCCAGGAAGCGAAACGGGCAGGGAGUUGCGCAUAAUCCCGAGGCGGAGAAGCAGCUGCAGCGCCAGAUCUUCGCCCAGCACUUCAAGCCGCAACGGAGUGGCAAACUAUCGCUAUCGGCCAACUCAGAGGCCACGGCCAGCAAGCACCUGAAGCCAUCGAGUCGCUCCGGCUCCAAGGAUACCGAGAAGCCCCAUAAUGAGCCACUAGGAGGCAGUGCAUCCACCUCAGGCUCCAGCUCCAAUGGCAAACAAGCGAGCGGCGAUGGAAAUCCUAAGCAGCAGGCGGAGCAGCAGCUGGACAAAAAGGAUCCCAGCCACAAGCGAUCCGGAUCGGGAUCAGCGGGAUCCGUGGGAUCGCCAGGAGGCGGCUACUCCGCGCAGCCACCCAUCUCCCACAGCAUAGCCAGCCAGCUGAUGCUGCGCACCGCCCGCGGUCAACGGCAGUACGAUGUGCCACAAAUCGAGUGUCCCACCGCCAUGGAUGGCAUGGAGCGGUUUGCCUGCCCGAUUCCCGACCGGCAGGGCAGGUAUCGCUGCAUAGACGAUCAUGUGCUGUGCGACGGCUUCAUCGACUGUCCCGAUGGCGAGGACGAGGACCGGAGAUCCUGCAUGUUCUACAAGACGACGAAGGCUCACUUGGACGUGUUAGCGGAUGCGUUACUACGCUGGGCGCGAGGGCGUUAAGCCCCAACCACCCACUCAGCCGCUCUAUAAGACAGCAAACACACCCUACCACACACACAAGAUACACCUAGAACACCUAGAGCUCCUAGAACUUCAAACAUGAAUGUCAAAAAAUUAGUUAUAACUUGUCCCCCCAGUCAAGCGAAACCCCCCAUUAAGUUUAAACAUUUCUCGACAAGAAACACACACAGACAAGCCAACCACCCGCCUGUCCUUUGACAUGAGAUAAGAUUCCCCAAAAAACUCCUAAGAAACCCCUAACCAAUACCGAAAAAAAAGAACAAAACCCAGCCUGCAAUGAGCUGAAUGGAUUGCCAAGUAAGAGAACCGAAAGCUAUGAUUAAAAACAAAAUGAGGCAGCAAUUAUGCUUAAAAAAAGGUAUGAUUAUUAUUACACUAUUAUUAUUAAAAAAAAUUAACUUAAUGAAAGCCCAAGAACAAAAAGCAGUUAUACAUACUAAAGCUAAAUUAUAAUUCUACAAAACCAAAAAAAAACAUCAAAAAUAAGACAAAAUCGAAGACGUUUUUUUUUCGUUUCUAAUUUGUUUCGCAGGAACAGAGCAAAAUAAUGAGGAAAAACAAAAUUGGGCCUAACUAUUUUUAGUAUAUAUUAAAUAAAUAUAUUAUAAAUAUAUCUUACUAUAUGAAAUAUAUAUUUCGUGUACAUUAUUUAAUUAUAAGUGUAUUAAAGUUUAAAUGUUAAAUAAACCAAAAGAAAUGAAAUCAAAACGAAGCAAGCGGAAGAAAGCGAUAAAAACAUGAUGAGGCAAGCGAGCAGAGGAAGAAUGAAAUUAUAUAUACAUAUACACAGAAAAAACAGACAUUAAAUAUAUAUUAAUAGUAUACAUAUACCAAUAACAAACAAAUAUACAAUUGAAGGAAAAUAUUGCAUUAGGUUUUAUUGCUGAUAACUGAACAAGCUAAUGAGUGCAAUAUAAUAUACUUAUAUACAAUGCAAUAACAGCCAGAUUAGCGACAAAAACAAACAUUUACAACUUAGAAGAUGAAGCAAAACAUUUACAUAAAGAAAAAGACUUGACUUCAUUGAAAACCCCAGUUUUGUUCGAUAGUUGAGGCUAAAAAUCCCCAAUACCUAUUUAUUUUGGUUAACAGUUCUCUCAUUGUUAAAACUACGUUUGCCAUUACAGAUGAUUUGCUCGGUUUUUUAUUUUUUUCAUGUGUGUAAAUAAUACUUUCGAUUAUCAGCCUUAUUUGCCUGUAAAGAUCUCUCCCAAGUCCACCAAAGAUUUUUAUUUCGUUCAUGGGUGACAACAGUUCUCACGGAAACGGCAGCUAUCUGUAGUUAAGUAAAUUUAUUUACAUAAUUAAAGUAUAUUUAAAUAACAAUGGACUUAUAAAUAUACAUAAAACGAUAAGCUUAUAAGCGAAACGAAAAGCUUGUACAAAUGCUAACUAACACUAUUCCAUUCUCGACCUUUUUAACCAAGUCACAAUUGUUUUUAUUCCCACUCAUUUCGUGUGUUUUUUUUUGUUCAUUCGCGCAAUUCUCUCAAUUGGAAACGCUGAAAAUUCAACCUUACGCCAAUAAUGUUCUGAUCAAUGAUAAUUGUUCGCUAUUAUUAUGCCUGUAAAGGGGCCGAGUUCCCAAACACAAUCAAUCAAUUAAGAAAUACAAUCAAGCAAAUUUUUAAGCCGAAAUUUACGAAUUAAAAUUUUUAAACGGUUGUGUAUGCCAACAAAUAACAAUGGAAGGAUAAACGCGAAAAAAUAAGUGGCGAAUUAACAAUAAUAAUGUGUACCCUCGAAAGCGAUUUUCACAUAUUGUGUUUCCUGCGUUUCCCCCUGAAUUUCCCAUUUAAUUUUCCAUUUUCCAUUCAACCGUUGACUUUACGCACUUUAAUCAAUCGACUAUUGCUGUUAAUUUUUUGAUCGGCCCAAUGUAUGCAUGUUAUUUAAUGGAUUUGUGUAAAAAAAACCUAUAUGUGUUUAGUUAUUUAAAACGGAAUAACAUAUGAAAUUGCGAGCAAUAAAAUUUCAUAUCUUAUACACAGUACGUAUAAAAAAUCGCAAACAAAUUAUAUAAAUCUAAUUGAGAAUACGUUUACGAAUAAGUUUUUAUUUCACAUCGAUCCCCAACCUCCUGCCCUCCUAUAUCAACGAUCUUCGUUAUUAACCGAAAAGUAUAAAUAGGAGACAGCCUUGGUGUUUUCUUUUAAUUGAUUGAUAAUGAUUCAGUAAAACAUUUACAUAAAUAACUGCAAAAUAACCCACCUUUAAAUAUAAAUGAAAGUGAAGUAAUAAUAACAACUUCUAUACCAUACGAAAAUACUAAACGCAAGACAACGUGUGUAUAACUCUAAGUAAAUGAUAACUACCAUAACGAAUACGAAUACGAAUACGACUACGAAUACGAAUACGAAUACGAAUAAUGUAUGUAUAUGCAAUUAAUUGUAAUCCUUGAAAUUAUGCACAAAUCGAGAAUCCAAACAAGAAGAACAACAAAUGCGCACUAAAAGAACUACAACAAACAACCGGUGGACAAACCCGAACAAACAAAUCAAAGACAAAGACAAACAAAAGUUUUAAUCACAUUUUUUGAACGAACGACAAUUGAGGUAAAGGUAUAGAAAACAACACACACACACAGACAUACAGAUACAUAUAUUUUUGGCCUAUUUUUCUAUAAUCCUAACAAAACCAAGAACGAAAUUUUAAAAGCAAAACGACAACUUCUAUAAGGACAAACCCAAAUGAAAAGACAUAAGUUCGACUGUAAAUAACAAAAGCGAAAAAGGAAUACCCCCAAUGACUUUAUAUUAUGAUUAAACGAAGUACUAACGAAGAUCGUUUAAACUAUUUCACAAUUCUUUCCUCUAUACUUUCGUAUUAUUUGGUUCUCUUUCAGCCUAUUUAAAAGUUUUGAUUUUCCUAUAAGGCCUUUGCAAACAGUAUUGUGUAUAAAAAAAAUUUGUAAAUAAACAUAUUACGUCUAAAUUAGCGAAAACGUUUUGAUUUCCUAUUUUUAAAUGUUUUAUAAUUGUAGAGUAUUUAGUUUAAAGAUUAUUUUUUGAAUACCACGAAAGAAAUGGAGGCAACUUAUAGAGGAAAAAUCCAAAAAGAGCAAAUACAGAAAAUAAAGCUGAAUAAAAAAACAAUUGUUGAAUGUUAAAAAAUACAUACACAUAUACACAAACAACCAUAGGUACAUACACACACACAUACAAAUAUAAACAUAUAUAUAAGAAUAUAUAGUCGGCCCUUAAACUUGUAUUUAUUUGUAUUUGUAUAUUUGCAGACGAGAAAGAAAACUCAGAUAUAAAAAAAGAACAUCAAAGAGAAAGAUGGAGAAUAUAAUUAACUAUGAGUAGCAAAUGGCAUUGACAAACAGCGAAUGCCAUUCGCACAAGUUAUCGAAAGAAAAAAUGGUCUAUGAAUUUUGUUGAUUUCGUCUUACCCAACUCUAAUUAAUUAGUAUUUGCUGUAAAUAAUUUUCGCCUUCCUUCCUUUCGAUCUCGCUGUAUCCCCGUCUCUAUCUUUCUCACACUAAUUUCCAUUGUGUAGAAGGUAUAGUUUUAGCAUAAUUCCCCCUUUUUAUUUAACAACAGUUUUCUUAACUACUUAUAAUAAUUAAUUAUACAUUAUACGAAUAUAUGAUAAUGCAGAAAGAAAAACAAGAAAAUACACAAAAAAACAAAGAAAAAAUGAAAAACAAAUACACAACUUAA